AUGGCGGCGAACGCGUGUCUGCGACUACCGGCGGCGAAAGCUGUUCGACCAGAGGAAGGCGGCGUUCUGAAUUCGAAAUCAACGCAGGAAAAACCAAGGCUCUAUCUCACAAAACCUUCAUGGAUAGUCACAACUCAGGUGAGAAAUCAAUCGAAAACACCCAAGAUUUUCUAUCUGCAGAGCUCGAUAUGCUGA